AUGCCGCAGCUUUCUCAGAUGACCGUGUGCGUGGACAUUCGUGUGGUUGUUCCAGGAGCCUGGGUGGCCUUCUCUUACAGCUCGGUCCACGCACCCAAGCCUGAGUUAGGUCUGGAGGGGGACCAGGAUGCCAUCUAUGCGUGGCUCCUACGAGUCCGACACCGAUUUCCUCUGCGGCUCUCACUGUUUCAGUGGCACAGGGUGUGUCUGAGGAGAGACGGUGUGGGAAACACCUUCAGCCUGGAGGUCGACGGGAGACUGGUGGCCACGAGGACGGCCAUCGCCACGGCCAUCCCCCCCUACGGCUCCCUGUGGCUGGGCUGUCGUCCCAGAGACCAGCCGCCCAGGGCCAACCUCGGACAGGUGGAGCUGUACUUGUUCCGCAUGUGGGCGGACCUGCGUCACCACGGGUUGUGCGAGGACGGCACUGUGAUUGGCUGGAACGCCCGUUACUGGGGACUGACCAGUCCCAAAGCGAGACGGACCAACCCGUACCUCUACUGUGGUGCUUACUUUCUGGUGCCCAUCGACGUGGAGGCCGAAGAGGGCAACAAGACUGAACAAGAUGUCCGCAGUUUGAGAGUAGAGGAGGUGUCCUGUAGGGAAAAGGCCAAUAUCAGCCAGACGAGCUGUGAUGUGCUGCUGCUGCUCGGCCGUGUCGUCUCAGCGUGCGAUCUGCAGCGAGCAGGAGUCUCUGCACUGCAGCAAGCCGGAGACGGGAUGCAGGCGAGAGUGACGGGCGAGGUGGAGAGAGUCGGUCGACGUCUGUGUGAGGACGUGGAGCCCUCUAGCGGCGGGUUCCUGAGGUGCACGUCCACGUCUUCUCUGGAUGAUGUCUGUCGGUCGAACAACCUGUCAGAGCUUACAUGCUCCCUCAUAGAGCUCAACUCCCAGCGAGCUGCACGGCCAAACACAAACUCCUGCAGCAGCGGAGCGUCCAGCCUCUGCGAUUGCACCGCUUUCUGCAAUUCUACAAGCCAGUUUUAUGGUGUAAGAAUCAACGUCACCACUGAUGCUGUCAGUAUUAACUCCCUCAGAAGCUUGUUAUUAAACACUGCUGCAGCCAAUCAGUGUGCCACACCGUCAGAAUGCAGGGAUUAUUCAGAGAUUUUACAGCGCUACCAGGAAACUCACGUGGAAUGUCGUGGGACGCCGCAGAGGUCAUACGACUGCUUGGUGAUCCUGGAGAUGUCUGGACCCGUCAACGGUUGCUCCCUUAGUCAACUUGUGCAACGAAAAAUUGAAGAAACCCAAUUUGUCACAAAUGAAAGCCGCCUUUCUCGUCUGAUGGUGUGCGGUCCUGCUGGGUCGUCCGUCCGUUCUCUGUUGGCGUCCAACCUGACUUGGGUUACCAGAGACCUGCUGACCUCUGAUGUUUGCCAAGCAGACCCCACCCUGCUUAGAUGUGAGGCAAAUGAGACCUUUGCUGUUUUUCUGACUGACAGCUGCUCUCCAGAACCUUCCACAGCAAAUCCAAACACAACACAACCUCCGACUCUGACCAACAACACCAGUGCAGCUCCUACAGCUACACAACCACCUGCAACCACUGAGCAAACAACUGAAAACGCAACAGCACACCCGAACAGCACAUCUGCACCCGCGACAAUCACCAUCAAUGCAACUACACCGAGCAACAAUUUUCUAACAAUAGUCAGUGCAACUACCCCCAGCAACAAUAUAACAACAACAAACAAUGCAACUACACCGAGCAACAAUAUCACAACAACUGUCAAUGCAACUACACCCAGCCACAAUAUAACAACAACUAUCAAUGCAACUGCACGGAGCCACAAUAUAACAACAACAGUCAAUGCAAUUACACCCAGCAGCAAUAUAACAACAACAGACAAUGCAGCUACACCCAGCAACAAUAUCACAACAACUGUCAAUGCAACUACACCCAGCAACAAUAUAACAACAACAGUCAGUGCAGCUACGCCCAGCAACAAUAUAACAACAACAGUCAAUGCAACUACACCCAGCAACAAUAUAACAACAACAGACAAUGCGGCUACACCCAGCAACAAUAUCGCAACAACUGUCAAUGCAACUACACCCAGCAUCAAUAUAACAACAACAGUCAAUGCAACUGCACCCAGCAACAAUUUGACAACAGUCGAUGCAACUACACCUAGCAACAAUUUUACAACAACUGUCAAUGCAACUACACACAGCAACAAUAUAACAACAACAGUCAGUGCAACUACACCCAGCAACACUAUAACAACAACAGUCAAUGCAACUACACCCAGUAACAAUAUCACAACAACUGUCAAUGCAACUGCACCCAGCAACAAUAUAACAACAACAAAUGCAACUACACUGAGCAACAAUCACACAACAGCAGCUCCUAAUAACAACACUACAGUGCCAGCCACUACACAAUUCAAUGAAACAACAGCAGCUUCACUGAACAACCAGACUACAAAUCACACCACUGUCAGUGUGAGUGAUGCCACAACAGCCGACAGAAAUGAGACCAACUCCACCACAGCUGCCACCACCAUCCAAACAACCCAAGAACCAGGGAGCAAUUUAACAACAACAGCGAAUGCAUCCCUUGUUGACACUACAAAUACAGCUGCGACCACCACACCAGCUACGACUGUUCAAACCGAGAUAAACGGCACUACUUCUCUCCCUACCACUGCUCUCGCCAACGCAACCACAGCCACAACUAUGACUGGUGCGGAGACUACUUCUACAACCAACUCAGGGACAACGACAGGAGAAGAACAACAGGAGGAAGAUGCAAACGAGCUGCUGGAUCAAACACAGGACGCAUCUCAGCUCAACUCCUCUCAGGUGGCACAGUUGGUGGACAAUUUGGAGAAGCUUCUGGACAGCCCGUCUGUCUCUAGGUCAGUGGGACAAAAGGCCCUGAGCGCCAUCAACAACCUGCUGGACGGAGAUUCAGCGGCGCUCUCUUCAUCUUCUAACAGGUUGAUUCAAGCGGUGGAUAAUCUGGGUCUUAAGCUGGUUGUCACCGGUGACUCAGAGACCCUCUCCACAGAUUCACUGGUUCUGGCCAUCAGGACAGUGGAUGGGACCAACUUUCCAGCAACUUCUGCGGACAUUUUCAACACCAAUAACGUCCAGCUCAGCGCCCUCAGGAGUUCCCGGUUCAAGAGGUCAGCGUCUCCUCUGGGGUCUGUGUUUCUGCCGUCGUCCCUCACAUCCGGUCUGAGUCCUGAGCAGCAGCAGCAGGCCAGCAGGGUCCAGUUCACUUUCUACACCAGAAGUUCAUUCUUCCAGGACGAAUCAUUAGACAACCAAACCCUUGUCAGUCCGAUCCUGGGCUCCAGUGUGGCCAAUCUGUCCAUUAGCAACCUCACGGAAAACAUUGAGUUCACCAUCCGAAACGUCAACCCGGUGAAUGGGAACUACGUUGCCUCCUGUGCAUUCUGGGACUUCACUAUGAAUGGCGGCGGAGGAGGCUGGAGCUCUGCCGGCUGCUUUGUUGUCAAUGCCACACCUGAAGACACAACCUGCAGCUGCAACCAUCUUACAUCCUUUGCUAUACUGCUGGAUUUGUCCAGAGAGGGAAUAAUAGACCGCCAGCACGCUCAGAUUCUUACGUUCAUCACCUACAUCGGCUGUGGAAUCUCGGCUAUUUUUCUUUCCGUCACCUUGCUGACAUAUCUUUCAUUUGAUAAACUCCUCCGAGAUAUUCCAUCCAAGAUCCUGGUCCAGCUCUGCUUCUCCCUCCUCUUCCUCAACCUGGUCUUCCUGCUGGACGGCUGGCUGGCGCUUUACCCUGCCAUCGGCUUGUGCAUCAGCACUGCCUUCUUCCUGCACUACUUCCUCCUGACAUCGUUCACCUGGGCCGGGCUCGAGGCCCUGCACAUGUACCUGAGCAUCGUCAGAGUGUUCACGCCCUACGUGGGCAAUUACAUGCUCAAGUUCUCCCUGAUGGGCUGGGGUAUUCCUCUGAUUGUGGUGAUUAUUGUGAUAUCAGUGGACAAAGACAACUAUGGUGUGGUUACAUAUGGACGAUACACAGAUGGCACGUCAGACGACUUCUGCUGGCUGCGUAACGACAUCGCCUUCUACGUGGGCGUGGUGGCCUACUUCCUGCUGAUGUUCGUGCUGUGUUCGCUGGUCUUCAUCGUCGUCAUGGUCCAGCUGCAUCGCAUCAAGAAGCAGAACCCCCAGAACCAGUCUCCCAACAGAGGCGGGGUGACCGACGUGCGCCGGAUCUCCGGCCUCAUCAUCCUGCUCGGCCUCACCUGGGGCUUCGCUCUGUUCGCCUGGGGGCCCCUCUACUUACCCUUCGUCUACCUCUUCUCCAUAUUCAACUCUCUGCAAGGUUUCUUUGUCUUUGUUUUCCACUGUGCCGUGAAGGAGAACGUCCGCAGGCAAUGGAGAACCUAUCUUUGCUGUGGAAGUCUGCGACUGGCUGAAAACUCAGAAUGGAGUCGGACCGCCACCGCCAACAACAGGAAUCUAUCGGUCGCCACAGCAACCACCUCAGCUCUCAACUCCACCUCCAGGAGCUCCUCCGUCAUCAGCGAUGCCACCAAUAGCAGCGGCUCUGUAUUUGCGGACAGCGGAAUAUCUGACGGCUCCAACAGCGAUGUCGUCCUCAAUGAGAUCCACAGGCGGAAUCUGUUACUGCAAGGGGAGUCCUGACGACAGGCCGUGAUUACAGUAAUUACCCACUCCGAGAGAGAGCGGACAGAGAUUGGUGGUCUCCUGCAGAUGGAGUAAACAAAGAAACUAAUCACAGGAGGCGGAGGCGCCCCAGAAAUCCCUAGUGUUACACAAGAUGAAGGUUUUAAAGGUGUAAUGAAGGACAAAAGUGGAGACAGGAAGUCAAAGAGGAGCAAGACUGAAGUCGGUGUGACUUGAUAUCAUUUCUACACUGACAGUAGGAAUCAUGAAGGAGACUUAUGAGCAGACUAAGUCGUGUUUCUGACUGAAAAGUUGAAUUAUUUCACUGUGACAAUCGUGACUCAGUGUUUCUGCAGACUUUAAAGCUUGUUUCAAAGCUGUUGCUGCAACUAAAUAUGAUGUUAUUGUAACUCACGCAAGAUGUGUUAAAGAGAGAAAACUGCAUUUAUUAGUCGCCUAGAUCAGAGCUGUCAGCACUGUAUAGAUUAUUUUGAGGCUUUUUUGCUGCCUUUUUGUAUUUUUUUAACAUAAAUGGGAAAAAAUGAAGAUUUUUCCAGUGUUUGUACAAUCCUGCACUUACUGCACACAUAUUAAACUCGACUUCUUCCUCACGCAACAACACUGAAUCCAUUAAUCACUAAUUUAUCGUAUGUAUCUGUAAUAGUAUUUGAAGGUGCGGUUCUCCUUUUAAUGCGAGCUGCUGUUUUAUUCAGUGUUUAUGCGAGGCUCAGAGGACAUUAGAGCUUCUGUUUUUUUAAUGUAAAAAUGACACGAAGUCUGGUCGUGUUGCGAAAUAGAGCACGGCACGAUUCAAAAUUUAUUUCCUGCCUUUUUUAAUGAGGACAGAUUUUUGCUAAACGUCCUUGUACAGGAGCAUGAAAGAGAAGAUAAUAAAACUUCAACUCAU